AUGAUCAAUAGUUACAUUCCCUUAUGCCUAAUAGCACUGGUUGCUACCAUACAAACAGUAUCAACAAUAGAUGAUAAUAAUAACACCAAUGAAAAUAACAGCAGUAUUAACGAUAUCAAUAAAGGCUUCUUAAUAAAUAAUAAACAACAAGAUGAUCAACAUGAUAAAGCAAAAAUCGUACGUGCUGUUCAUCAUAUAAUUGAUGGUAAACUACAUCGUAUUAAAGCAGCCGAUGUUGUUUAUCGUCAACGUUUACGUGAUGACCAAUGUGUAGUUGAAUAUGGGGGUCAAUAUUUAACUGAAAAAAGUGUUAUUCAAAUUCGAAAAAAACUUUAUCGAGUAGAAGAUUGUUUAUUGGAAAGAGUAUUUCAUGCCUGUGGUCCAAAUUUAUUAUUAAUGUUAAAUCUUGUUUGUCGCGUUGUUGAACAACAUCAAACAACAACAACAACAACACCAGUACCAAGUAUUCGACAACGAACUACUCCAACAUCACCACUAUUCUUUCGUCGAAUAUAUCCACCAAUUGACAGAAUGACAAGAGCAAAUAGAGUAUCACGAGUGAUUACAGAAUCAUGUUGUGAAAGUCUAUGCUCUCUUUCUGAAUUGACGAGAUAUUGUCAUCGUUAA